CCUGUCUUUCUCUCGCGAGACGUGCCGCUCUCGUGGCCUUAGUCGCUAUGGUCGCCGCGAUGCCGAGCCGCCGUCCCGCCUCCGUCCCGCUCCGCAAGCGACAAAUGUCGCAGAGGCGCGGGCGCCGCCGCCCGCCCGCUUCCGUGGCUCGCUGUCUCCCUCCGGCCAGCGGUCCAAGCAGCGGGGGUGGGCCGGACGGGUGGCGCGAUUUUGCCGCCUCCUUCGUCGCUGCCGGCCUAGUGGAGGCGCCAGAAGUGGAGCAGCCCGCCGAGGAGGAGCCUCUGACGGCCGUGGAAGCCAAGGGAGGCAGCGCGGUGCUGCUUUUGCCUCAAGGGCGGGCCCUGACAUUCAAUGGGAAGUGUUGCUUGACGUGCCUCUAUGGGUCCGUGCGAGUGUUUGGGUUCAACAUCGUUCCCGAUCAGCCCCCAUACAACCUCUUUUCCCCUCACACGCACUGUGCCCUCUCCAUUGAAGCUGUCGCCUAUAAGGAGUCAGAGAAAUCCAAGAAAGAGUUGAAGGGGGAGGCCAGGUCCAUCCUGAGAGCUCACCUUGUGCCACGAGCUGCAAGAAUCAAGCUGAUGAAAAGCUUUGUUCCGCAGUGUUCCAUGGUUCUGUUGGAACAUCUGGAAACUCCAGCGACAAGGUUAAUUCUCAGCCACAUAGAAUUUUCCCGUGUUUUCACAGCAAAGAAAAAAAAGGUUCCCUGCUCCACCCCAGAAGAUGCGGCCCUUGCUUCUACCAGCAUUAUGAGGCAGGAUCCGGGGAAUGGCCUACUCUUGUCAGAGAGCUCGCUUUCAGCCAUUGGAGAGUUGGUCCAAGCAUGCCAGGAGGAAGAUGAAGGCUGCCCUGUCAUCCUGGUUUGUGGCCCCAAAAGUGUUGGCAAGUCCACUUUUAACAGAUACCUGAUUAAUCUUUGCCUUCCCUGCAUUGAAUUUUUGGAAGGCGAUCUGGGGCAGACGGAGUUCACGCCCCCUGGCUGUAUUUCACUAAUUAAUGUGACGGAACCAUUUCUGGGUCCGCCAUUCACUCACUUGCGUACGCCCCACAAAAUGGUAUACUUUGGCGAAACCAGUUGCGAACAGGAUACUGAAAGAUACCUCGACACAUUGAAGUAUGUGUUUAGUGCCUACGAGAGAGAUGUGCCUCUGGUCAUCAACACCAUGGGAUGGGUGAAAGGUGCUGGACUGCUGCUUCUGAUCGACAUUAUUCGGCUGUUGUCACCUAGUCACAUUGUUCAGAUCAGUGCAGACAACUUCAACGACAUGCCUCAGCUUACCCCGGAGUAUACCUGUAGCUCCACGGGCUUGCAUACGAAAGGCAAAGGGCCCCUCAAAUGCAAGAGCCUGGAGAAUGGGACAGAGGACUUGGAGCUGUGCAGGGUCCAAGGAGACUUCCGCCCACCACAUUCUGGGCACAGGCUGCUGUGUGUUCAGCCAGAGUUCCCUGGGGCAGGGAUUGCUGGCCAUGGGCAAACCCACAGGAGCGUCCUCCGGGACAUGGCAGUCCUGGCAUACCUGGGCCAGUUGCAGCCCUCCGACAUGGACUUGGUGCUUCCGUUGCACAGCCUGGUACCCUAUCAGGUACCCUUCAGUGCCGUCUCCAUCAAGGUUAUUCAUACAGACGUUGCUCCUGCCCACAUACUGUAUUCUGUCAAUGCCAGCUGGGUUGGCCUCUGCCGGCUACCGGAGGAGGUCCAUUGUAAAGCAGACAGGCCAGUCUUCUUAACGCAGACACCAAUCUGCGAUUGCCUGGGCUUUGGAAUUGUCCGGGGGGUGGACAUGGACAAGAAACUCUACCAUAUUCUGACCCCAGUAGCUCCAGAGAAUUUACGACUGGUGAAUUGUUUACUGAUUGGAAAUAUCCCUGUUCCCAACUGCGUGUUCCUGAACCAACCUGGAAUUGAAGGGGAAAUACCGUAUGUCACGGCAGAGUAUAACUAUGGCAUUUCAGGUGCUGGGAAACUGAAAAUUAAAAAGCAUCUCAAGAGGAGAGAGCACAUGUGACCAUAAAUGCCUUUUCGCAGCCUUGCUGGCAGGGACUGGUUUGGAGAACUUGGCCUGUCCUUAGGGGACCUCCUUCACACCACAGCAAAGUGACAGUAUUCACAGCGAUACUGCUGGUCCACUGAGUUUUUGUUAUAUUGUGUUC